AUGUCUUCGUUCGCCGGCGUGUCCGUCGUGGCCAACGACGAGCUGUGCCCCGACACCCAGUCGACCGUCCGAACCAGCGCAGACUGCGGGUACCAUCUGCUUGUGGUCCAGGACUACUCGCGAGCCAAAAAGAGCAUCAGCUCCCGUCCUUUCAUGGUGGGAGGCCAUUGUUGGCUCCUCUUCUACUGCCCCCACGGUGAAAACCACACUUGUGCCGACGUCGUCUCUGUCCGUCUUUCCUGUAUCCAAGACGAUUCUGAGAAGCAGCCUGUGGAAGCCAAGGUCGUUUUUAGCCUCAUUGGUCAGGUUGAGCUGCAGAAUCCAGUCUACAUUGCUCAAAGUGAAGCAUGCAGCUUCGAUCCUUGUUCUCAGAGCAUCGAGCAGGAUUUUAGAAGAGAUGCCCUUGAGCGAUCAUCAGUGAAGCUAAAGGAUGAUUAUUUGACCGUCCGGUGCGACGUCAUGGUCUGCAACACCAACCCCAGGGAUGAUGAUGAUGAUGCCGCUGCCACCAUUACCAAGGCGCGCUUGCCUAACAUUUGCCGUGAUUUUAACAUCCUCUUCAAAACCGAGGCGGGUGCUGAUGUGACAUUCGAGGUCGGCGGCAACAAGUUGGCUACACACCGAUGCGUGCUUGCAGCCCGGUCUAAAGUCUUCAUGGCACAGCUCUUUGGCCCCAUGAAGGAGGCAACUGCUCAAACCGGUGUCAUACACAUCAAAGACAUGGAAGCAAGCGUGUUCAGGGCUUUGCUUAGCUUUAUCUACACAGACUCGCUUCCUUCUAUGGAGGAGGACAACAUGGAGGAGGACAACAGACAAGAGGUGGAAGCAUCAGAGGAUGAAAUGUCACGUGUUGUGGAACAGGGACAAGAAGACGAAGAAGUAAUAGAGAAUGAAAUAUGGCUGCAGUGGCUUCAAAACUUGCUGGUAGCAGCUGACAGAUAUGAUGUCCAACGUCUCAAAUGCAUCUGCGAGGAGCAGUUAUCUGAGCACAUAUCUGUCAGGAUGGUGAUGUCCACUCUUGCUCUAGCCGAGCAGCACCACUGCCAAGGAUUGAAGGAGGCGUGCUUCAAGUUUAUCCAAGUCCAGCCCCCCUCGUGUUUGCAAGCAGUAAUGGCAACUGAUGGCUAG